AUAAUAAACUUGUGUUGGUAUAAUCAAAAUUGUUGUAAGUUAUAGUUAAAAUUAAAAUAUAAUACAGAUAAAUAACAAAUUAAAUAGAUUAAAGAUUAUUAAAAUGUGUGACAAUCCAGUACACAGUGUGACCUUUAAUUACAAAAUCUAACCAUAAAAGUGUCAGUUUUUAGAGAUGUUUCUAUAAAUUAUUAGUGAAAAUGUACCCAUAAUAAAAACAUAUUUAAUAAUAAACUAAAAUUAAACUAAACUGUUAUAACAGAAGACAUGUGACAUUUUGACAUCUCAUUAAUAUUAUUUUAUUUACCUUUAGAAGUUGUGAUUGGGCAAUGGGAAAAUGUAAUAACAACCAUCAACAUUUAAUAUAUGUCAAUCAAAAAUUAAAUUAAUUUUCUCUCAAUAAUUAUUAAUAUCUUGACCCUUGUUCAAUCAUCAUCUUAAUGUUACUUGAUGCAUUUUAAUUAAUUACAACUAUUGGAUCUUUACUUAAACUCCUACGUAAUUUUAAAAUGGGGAUGAAACCAUUAUAUAUAAGACCAACAACGGUUGAAAAUAAUCAGUUCAUCUACUUUCUGCAGACCAUAUCCUUACCAAUUUAAAUAUUCAUUCAAGAAUACAAUGAAGAUCAGUGUACAUUUGAGUAUACUCCUCUUAACAUUAGUCAUCAAAAUUGUAAUAGCCAAUGCUAACCUACAACUACCUUCACGACAAUAUUGUGGUUCUAGUUUGGCAAACAUAAUGCAAAUUGUAUGUAAAAACAAAUACAAUGGUCCAUCACAUGGAAAAAAACGAAAUGAGAUUGAUUCAGAUGUAUUGGAUUAUAAAGACCUAGAAGACUAUAAUGCAAUUGACUACCCAUACCAAUCAAGACAAGAAGCAAUGUUAUUUAUGCCCACACGUAUAGUACGCUCUUCUAAAAGAACUAUUAUCGACGAAUGUUGCCGCAGACCCUGUUUAAUAUCUGAACUAAAAAGUUAUUGUGCUAAUCAAGAUUAAUAGAUUUAAGUGUUUUUAGAUGUUAAAUAAAGUUUAAAUAUUAUUAUA